AGUUCUCGACUGAGCAGGCUGUACCACAUCUCCCGUCGUCCUCUACCAUCCCCGCCUGGGCCGGCCUCCGCAGAGCUCUGCGUUGUGGGAUAUGAAGUCCCAAACGUGGCUCAAGAAGGGGCAGUGUCCAAAAAGAGGUGCCGGACUCGGACUCGGUUUCCCUGCGGCCCCGGGAGGCUCGCGAACCAUUGGCUGAGCGGGGCGGAUCUGGUCCUGUUCUUCCCCGCCCCCAGUGACACAAUAGCAGCUCCCUCCAAGAUGGCGGCGGCGACGGCGGACCCGGGAGCUGGGAAUCCGCAGCCUGGAGAUUCCUCGGGUGGGGGCACUGGGGGCGGGCUGCCGUCCCCCGGGGAGCAGGAGCUGAGCCGGCGCCUGCAGCGUCUGUACCCCGCGGUCAACCAGCACGAGACGCCCCUGCCGCGUUCCUGGAGCCCCAAGGACAAGUACAACUACAUCGGCCUUUCCCAAGGCAAUCUCCGUGUCCACUACAAAGGUCAUGGCAAAAAUCACAAAGAUGCAGCCUCAGUACGUGCCACUCACCCCAUCCCUGCAGCCUGUGGCAUUUAUUACUUUGAGGUGAAGAUCGUCAGCAAAGGAAGAGAUGGGUACAUGGGAAUAGGACUCUCGGCUCAAGGCGUCAACAUGAACAGACUUCCUGGUUGGGACAAGCAUUCCUAUGGUUACCAUGGUGAUGAUGGGCACUCUUUCUGUUCCUCGGGGACUGGGCAGCCCUAUGGUCCCACGUUCACCACAGGAGAUGUGAUCGGCUGUUGUGUCAAUCUCAUCAAUGGCACCUGCUUCUACACCAAGAAUGGCCAUAGCCUUGGUAUAGCCUUCACAGACCUCCCGGCCAACCUCUACCCCACCGUAGGCCUGCAGACACCUGGGGAGAUUGUGGACGCCAACUUUGGGCAGCAGCCCUUCCUGUUUGACAUUGAGGACUACAUGCGAGAGUGGCGUGCCAAGGUCCAGGGCACUGUCCACUGCUUCCCUAUCAGCGCCCGGCUUGGCGAGUGGCAGGCGGUACUGCAGAACAUGGUCUCAUCUUACCUGGUGCAUCAUGGCUAUUGUGCUACAGCCACAGCUUUUGCACGAAUGACUGAAACCCCGAUUCAGGAAGAACAGGCGUCCAUAAAGAACAGACAAAAGAUCCAGAGGCUGGUGUUGGAGGGCCGCGUGGGUGAGGCCAUUGAAACCACCCAGCACUUCUACCCAGGGCUUCUGGAGCACAAUCCCAACCUGCUCUUCAUGCUCAAGUGCCGACAGUUUGUGGAGAUGGUGAAUGGGACCGACAGUGAGGUCCGCAGCUUGUGCUCCCGAAGCCCCAAGUCCCAGGACAGCUACCCUGACUCCCCCAGCCUCAGCCCCCGCCAUGGCCCCAGUAGUUCCCACAUGCACAACACAGGAGCAGACAGUCCCAGCUGCAGCAAUGGCAUCGCAUCCACCAAGAGCAAACAGAAUCACAGUAAAUAUCCUGCACCCAGCUCCUCGUCCUCAUCUUCCUCGUCCUCAUCUUCCUCAUCCCCAUCCUCUGUCAAUUACUCCGAGUCCAACUCAACAGACUCCACCAAGUCCCAGCCCCACAGCAGUACCAGUAACCAGGAGACCAGCGACAGUGAGAUGGAGAUGGAGGCAGAGCAUUAUCCCAAUGGUGUGCUGGAAAGCAUGGCCACGCGCAUUGUCAAUGGUGCCUACAAGCAUGAAGACCUGCAGACAGAUGAAUCCAGCAUGGAUGAUGGCCAUCCACGGAGGCAACUGUGUGGGGGCAACCAGGCUGCCACAGAAAAGAUUAUCCUGUUUGGCCGAGAGUUGCAGGCUCUGAGUGAGCAGCUGGGCCGGGAAUAUGGCAAGAAUUUGGCACACAAAGAGAUGCUACAGGAUGCCUUCAGCCUCCUGGCGUACUCAGACCCCUGGAAUUGCCCAGUUGGCCAGCAGCUUGACCCCAUCCAGAGGGAACCUGUGUGUGCUGCCCUCAACAGCGCCAUUUUAGAGUCUCAGAAUCUGCCAAAGCAGCCCCCUCUGAUGCUCGCCCUGGGCCAAGCAUCUGAAUGUCUACGGCUUAUGGCCCGAGCAGGCCUGGGAUCUUGCUCCUUUGCCAGAGUCGACGACUACUUGCACUAGCUGACCGUGCUGGCUGCCCCACCUGGCCUUCCAUGGGCCCCAGGACUGGAGCAGCCCUGCCCUCCAUAGGCACCUGGCACAGGGACCUGGAAGCCAUGGGCAGAGUCCACUCCUCCUGCCUGGCCUUUUCCUUCUACCUUUCUCUCCUUUCCCCCUCCCAGCCUCUUUUCUCCUCUGCUCCUCUUUCUUCCUUUCUUUUCCCCACUCUAUUUCUUUUCCCCCAAUCCUUUCACAUGCAGCAGCCCAUGACAUAGUAUUGGCUGGUUACUGUUGUGUAGCGCCUUUACUUGGAAAGAGGGUUUUGUUUUGAGGAGGGGUUGGGGGUUUUUUAAUCUUUUUUUUUUUUUCCCUCCUGACUGAGCCACCAGUAUUUAUCUCUGGAGAGUUUGUGCUGAGCUGGUUUCUGCUAAUUUAGUAAGGAAGCCUAUCCAAAUUGGUGAUAGCUUAUUAUUUUCAUAAGUAAAAAAAUGAGAUUAUAUAUAAAAAUAUAUAUAUUGAAAGAAAAAAGACACAGUAUUUAUCAUAGUGUUAGUGGUCCAGCACCUCUUAGGUGAGGCUGUCCAGACGCCAUAUGUUUUUAUUUGAGUCCAACUCGUUAAAAAGGAAUUAUCUUUGUUCCCUCAGCCAAGUGAUCUGUUUAUUUUAGGCUCCCCCUGUGUUGAGCUGCACGUCCAUCUGCAGUCCAGGGAAGCCGCAUGGUUUUUGGGGUGAGCCAUUUGGUAAGCAGGGUCAGGCUAAGCUGGUUUGCAGCAUGCCAUGACAUAUAUGUUCAUAGACCCCUAAGAGCUGAACUGAGCUGAGAACUGCAGGCCGAGAGUCCAGCAAAGGGGUGAGUUGGCCCAAGGCCACACAGCAAAGCAAAGGCGCAGAGGGUCCUCGGCCAGCAUGCUGUCUGCCACUCCACCCUCUCUCUGCCUGCUUUGCCCCUAUCUCUUCUCCUCUCGGCGCCCUGCCUUCCUUUUUUUCGAUGGCCAAAUAAUUCAUUUACUUAAUUGACUGCCUGGAAGCUACCUGCCUUUGACCUGGGAGCUGCUGUAUGCAAGCUGCUGGAAGACUCCACUCUCAGGAUGGAGGCCCUGGAGGACAGGGGCUGCUUUCUCCCUGCCUGAAUCUUCAUGUGCACACAACUCCGUUGGGAUUGAUGUUUUCUGUGGAGAAACUGGUUCCUCGUUGAGGCAGGUUUGUUGGCUAGCUGGAAUGAGUUCAGCCUUUUGACAUCCCUGGACCAGGAGUCACUGCAGCUGCGCCCCAGGCACUCACAGGAAACACUGUUAGGAGCAUUGCCGACCAGACAGAGGGACUCCUUGGGCCUAACAGGUGGAUCCUCAAGCUGGUGGAGUAAAGCAGUCUUCCUACUACAAGGGAAUCAGGAGAGGAAGGGCUGGAAUGGCUGUGCCCAAGAGAAGGAAGGGGCAGAGCUGCACCACAAUGUGAGCAAGCCCAAACAGCCCCUGCCAAGAGCCAGGUCACCUAUGCUGGGCCAGAAGGUACACAUGCAGUCCCCACCUGGAUCUGAGCUCCAUGUCACAGGACAUAGGAAUGGUUAGUGUGGCCUGAAAUCAGUCCCUGCCCAGCAACCUGAACUGGGCCCAUUGUACAAAUUUCCUGAGCAAGAAAAAUGAUCAAGUUGGACCAACUCCUGGUGAUGGGGCCAGAUCAAUGGCCUGUGCUCAUCCUGAGUUUUGCCCUGGGAGGUGAUCCUGAGGCUGUUGCUUUUCCUUGGUCCCUGCUAGGAUCUGCCUGGCAGCCCACAGAUGUUGCCUGACAGGAGUUAUUGUUUGUCUAUAAAGGAGAUGCAUUCUUCUUCACAGGGCUGAGCUCCAAUACCCAGAAGUUGGAAACAUUAGGCUGUUCAAACGCUAAUCAUGUAACAAUCCUGUUAAAACCAGUGGUGUUCACUGCUGCAUUGGGGUUCUGGAAACAUCUCCAUCCAUCUUUACCUUUUACAGUAAGGAAACAAGCCCCAGAGAUGAAAUUGUUUGGCUAAAGUUACACAGCAAAUUAGUGGCAGAGCCAAGACUAACUUUGUAUCUGUGCUUUUGGCACACUGUUUAGUCUUGAAGCUGAAUGGCAGAGGAGGGUUUAAGUUGAUGUAGCCUCUCACAGCAUCUGAGUAACUGAUCCCUUUAGGAGUUCGUUAGGGAUGGGGAUGGGUGCCUGGGUUUGGAUUAUGGAGUAGCUGAGAGAGGGUCCAGAAGGGCUCAAGACAUUUGUGUGCUAUAUGGAAUUGAGUGUCCCCCUGGUUCGUUCUUGGUACCUGUGGCCACCUCCCCACUUUCUGUGCCUUAUCUCACUGUUUCAGCUGAGUUCAAGUUGUUUACUCUGUUCCUCUCCCAAGGGGCUCUCUGUCCCAGUUGGACCGUUCAUCUUGGGGACAUAAGCCUUUGCCUCACAUACCGUGGAGAGGGCCAACACCAAGCUGCUGAGCCCGCUGCCUUGCUGUUAGGCCUGGUUGGCCUGCCAGCCCAGGGGCCCCCCAGAUGCACACCUGGCCCCACCUGCCCACCUCCAGGCUGGAUCUGACCCAUGGGAGCUGAGAAAGACUUGGUCCUAUUAGACUAUCCAGCCCUUGCGGAGCAGCCUUCCCUACUCACCUUCCCUGUGUGGCACCAUGUGGUUUCUUUGAAAGUGGAAACUGGCAGACCACUCAAAGCCAGAACCUCUUCUCUUGGCCCAAAUGGGUCAGUUAGUGAUGGGUAUAGAUGUCAGAACAGGGACACCAUGUGGCAGAGAAGUAGUGACUUGCUGGCAACCCAGCGCCUUCAUAUCCCUUAAGCAAGCACAAAGGUGAGGCAGAGGACUGUUGGAGCUGAAAGUUCCUUUGAUUGCUCACAACUCAGGUAUGUAUGCUGUGUGGCAGCUGGUCAGCAGAGGCCUGCCUAAUGCCAGUCCCGGGCAUCUGGACAUGUGGCCAGACUGGUUCCUGUGGCUGUCUGUGGCACCCACCUCUUUGCGUGGGCUUCUUCUCUAUUAAUAACUACAGUUGAAACAGGCAUCUUCCACAUUGUGCACACUGGUUCUGCCUUUGUCCUUGCAAGUUGAUAACUUGGCAUUAGCAUGAAAUUUGUGGGCAUGGGAGGGUUGAGAGAAUUCUAACAUAAAACAUCCUAUUAAAGUUGUACUUGAGAGAUGAGAAAAAAAAAAAACUCCUGUUGUAUUUUGACAGAAUUAUUUUUAUUAAAAUACACAUCCAUGAGCA